AUGAUUGUAUUUUUCCUCAUCCAAUACGUUUAUAGAACAUGCGAGCAGAUCAGAUUUUGCGCAGAUAAUAUUAACGCUUCACAUUCAGUACUAUCCCUUGAUACAUCGACCAUCAAACUUGAAAAUAAUUUAUAUUCUGUAAGUAUUAAGCAGAAUGGAGAGCAGACACCAUAUACACUUGAAAUUUAUAAGAUAGAAAAUUCUGGUAUCCGUGUACGUAUUAAUCCAGGUACUGAUCUUUCAAGUUAUCGUUUUGAUAUCACCCAUGAUGACAUCAGUGUCAAUUCCACGAAGCUCAACCGUAAAGACACACUUAACAGGACAGCUGGAAAAGUCUUUGAUACAUUACAAGAUAACGAAGACACCAAAGUUAUUGUCAGUUUUAAUCCAUUAUCCAUCACCUUCUCGAAAUACGGCGAGCAGUACAUAACAAUCAACUCUGAGAACUUCAUGUUCGUUGAAGAUGGCUCAGCAACACCAGAUACAACUUAUGACGGCUAUAUCGAAACUCACAAGCAUGGUAAGACAGCUAUUGGCGUAGAUAUCUCAUAUUUAUCAGCUAAUGCACGUCUUACAGGCUUUUCAGAAGGUACAUAUCCAGCAAAUCUCGAAGAUACAUUUGGCAGUGCCGAAAGAAGAUAUGCACGUGACAAUUAUGCAAUGUACGGCUUCAUUCCAUUACUUUCUGGCCACUGUGCAGACUUCGAAAUCAACCCUACAGUCUUUUGGAUGAAUCCUUCUGAUAUGUACAUCCAAAUCAACACGAAAAGCGACAAGAGAAUCGCCAAAUUCAUUUCCGAAGGCGGCUACGUCGAUUUAGUUGUCUUUAUGGAAAAGAUGCCACAAGUUUUAUCUCAAUACGAACAUAUCACAGGCCAUGCACCACUUCCACCUGCAUUUGCCUUUGGUUAUCACGAAUCAAAGUACGGAUAUCCAAACGAACAGAAAGUUCGCGAAGUAAUUGACAAUCUCGAGAAAGUAGAGUUCCCAUUAGAUGUCAUAUGGUUAGACAUCGAUCACCUUAAGAACUUUGCUCCAUUUGCCGUUAACUACUCAUGGUUCAUCGAUCUUCCGAAGUUCAUUUCCGAUCUUAAGUCCAAAAACCGCUAUUUGAUCAGAAUUACUGAUCCCCAUUUACCAACAGAUCCAGAGCAUAUUCCAUAUACCGAAGCUCUUGCCAAAGGAUUCUUCAUUACCGAUAAUCAAGGAAAUCAGGCCAUCGCUCCUUGCUGGCCUGGCAAUUCAAGUUGGCCGGACUUUUUCAGAAGUGAUGUCAGAGACUGA